AUGUCCAUCGAUAACACUAAUUUAGAAGAGAUGGUUGAGAAAACACUAGAAUCCACUGGUGUCUUGUCUAAAAUGAGAGCCGAACUUCGAGCAAAUGUUUUUCACGUUCUUGAAAAAGGUUCAUCAUUUCAGAAUAAAUUGUAUACAGACAAAAUUAAAGACUUUGUUUCUAAUAAUAAUGGAACGUUAUUGUUAUCUUUAGUUAAAGAUUUGUUUGAGUAUUUGGAACUAACGUUUACAACAUCUGUAUUUGAUUCUGAAACUGGCGCUGCACAUCAAUAUCAAUACAAAGAUAAAGAUGAUAUUUUAGAAGAUCUUUCUCUUUCAAAGGAUGAUAAAAGACCUUUAUUGUUACAAAUUCUUGAAACUUACCAGUCACAAUAUAAAUCAACCAAUGAUGCCAUUAAGCAUAAUGCAACACAACAUAAUGGUGAAACACACGAUGGAUCUUCACUAGCUCAAAUAUUAAAAAAUAAUUCAGAAACAAUAAAAUCAACAUUUGAAAAUAAUAAAUCACCAAGCUUAUCACCAGUUAAAACAAAAUUAUUUGAAAAAAAUGCAGAUUAUGAGAUUUAUGAAACUCAUGCACAUUUGGGUUCAUUGUCAUCAUCAAAUCUUAAUUUAUCUGAUAAUAUACAGUUAAAAGAUAUCGAAAGCUCUGAGAGUUUAAAUAGCUUAAGCAUAGAACAGUUAUCACCAAUUAAAAGACCACCUGCUACUGAUAAAAAUGAAAACACAGAUGAAGAUAUUAAUUCUGAUAUAAAAAGUAAUAAAAAUGAAUCUAGUUUGGAGGAUAUUGAAACUGAUGAAAAUCUUUCAUGUGGAAAUGACAGCCUACCAAGCACUGAUUUAUCUACUCAAAAUGGCAGCCCAGAAAAGAUAAGGACUCAUAACAUACAUCUUUGA